UCAGUCCCCGCUACUACCAUGUUCCGUUGACAAGUGGUAAUACUUCAUAUUAGUCAACCACCAUAAAUCGGUUUAUCUAUCUUCCUAGGCGUGAUUGCUAGCUCGAUAGCAGAUAUUCCUAGUACUACCAGUUAAUCGCUAGCAUUACUGACGCUGGCUUGCCUGAAACCAGCAUCUAUCAUUGAACUAUCAUUGCGGCAAGAUAAUAAGAUACCUUCACAUGAGGUUGGUUGAAUACGAAAUAAUGCACUGUAGAUGAAUGAAAUGCAUCUGCCUCGUUAGCUAGCUACACUAGCCACAUCAGCUAUCGCGAAGGGUGUUGAUCGAUCAGCAGGGAAACGCAGAGAUUCCUGCCCGUCUUGUGUGUGCCCUCCCCGACCGUCCUGGACCGCCACCACCAGCAGUCUAGCGACGCUAGCCGCGGAUGAUACGUAAGCUAGACAGCUACAAGACAUUCUUUCACAUUGUCCUCUAUUUCACAGUUUCCUUACCUCAUAGUUGUUUUUCCAUGCUUUUAUAAGUAAUAAGAUAUACUGCUGUGUGUUACAGAGCUCGUAAAAUGGAGUAAAUUGCCCAAUGCUUGUCGAUUUUCUGGAAUAUUUGUCCAGUAAUUCCUGUCUUCCCUCCACCAAGGGCCUGCCGCUCGGCUACGCAAAUUGGAAAAUGGGGUAAUAGCGCGAGAUGUCGACUGUUCUGAAGCUGACCAGCAUUAGCCAAUCAGCUAACACGAUCGUGUGAUGGAUAGGACAUUGGGCAAAUCAUAAAACGUUUGGAAGUGUAAAAAAUCGUUCUAUUGGCUUGAGACGAACCCCUAUUUGUGAUUGACAAGAUUUUCGGUGAACAUGAUGACAGGAGUGGCAAAAAGACAGACACAAAAUGACCAAUCAACAAUACCAGGCAACUCUCGCAUAGUAGCAGUUCAUCCAGCCUUUUCGGUAUUUAUGAUAUCCUGUUCACAUGAUUUAAGCUAGUUACAUGGUUAUGGAUCCGUUUGAGUUGAGUUUAGUGGGAAGAUUGGCACUGGGAAGCUAGGCUAGCUGAUCCGAGUCACCUUUUCUUACAUAUGAUAUUGCCCAUUUUGCAGGGGUUGCCGGUUAUCAGCGACUAGCUAGCAUUGUUGGUAAACAGCUUCCCGAGAGUAAGCAUCCAUACAGGAUCACAACAGCUCUGUCGCCAUGAAGGGGCUGUACUGCAAACCGGGGCAGACCACCGCCGACCAUAAAUUUGUCAUACAGGAAACGGAUGUACCCACCGUGCUGGACAGUCACCAAGUCAAGGUGCAAGUCAAAGCAUGCGCACUCAGCCCCAUAAAUGUAAAGUUGAUGGAGGAGAUGAUCAUCCAGAAAGAUGUGUGUCCGGUUGGCAGGGAGGUGGUGGGCAUCAUCCUUCAAGUGGGACCCAAGGUGACCUUUUUUCAUCCAGGCGAUGAGGUUGUGGGGAUCCUGCCAUUGGAUACGGAGAUGUCUGGUCUGAGUGAGGUUAUUGUCAUGGACGAGUAUCAUCUGGUGCAGAAGCCGGAGAAGGUGAGCUGGGUGGAGGCCGCGGGGGUCAUACAUGACGGUGUGCGGGCGUACACUGCUCUGCACACAUUCGCCCGCAUGGCAGCCGGACACACCCUGCUGGUCCUGGAUGCAGCCUCGGCAUGUGGUGUUUUGGCAGUGCAGCUGGCCCACUCCCAUGGUGUGCGAGUCCUGGCAUCUGCCCACUCUGCUGAAGACCAGGCCUUCCUGGAGCAGCUCCGGCCCAGCGUGGGGGUGCAGGAGUCACUCGUAGCCAGGGUGAUAGGAGUGUGGAACAGCCAGGUGGACUUGAUUGAGGUGUGCAUGGAGGAAACAGGAGGGCUGGGUGUCGACAUCAUCAUCGAUUCUGGAGUACGGCUUCAGGAGGAGACAGAUGCCAGGAGGCUCCUCCCACACAAACAUGACAUCAUCACCCUGCUUGGGGUCGGAGGUCACUGGGUGACCUCAGAGGACAACCUGCAGCUUGACCCCCCCGACAGCCGGGCGCUCUUCCUCAAGGCCGCCUCCCUCUCCUUCCUCAACCAGGAAGUGUGGACCUCCUCCAGCGCGCGCCAGGGUCGCUACCUUCAUAUCAUGAGGAACAUUGUAGAGAAACUGUCCACUGGAACCCUCAGACCACAGUUGGAGGAGCCUGUGCCUUUGUAUGAAGCUACCGUCUCCAUGGAGAUGGUUCAGCGUGGCCAAAUGAGGAAGAGGCUAGUGGUUCACCUGUGAUGAGACUCCAAGUCCCAUCAGUCCUCUGGGGGCCAGCCAC